AUGUCAAGUGUUCCCAUCCUUACAAUUCCUGAAUCGGCAUAUGAUGCAAGCUCCUUUUCCUCACCUGUUCGUCGAAGAUCAGUAAUAUUAGCAUAUAUCUUUAAAUUGGCACAUGGCUCAACAUUAGUGGCGCUUUUGACUUAUGUUUUAGGAUACUUCAUUAUCAAACCAUUAUUGGAGAUCAAAGCAAAGCGUAGAUUAGAAUUAUUAGAAAAAUAUAGGAGCAAAAUAAGGGACUAUUACAUCAGUUUGAUUGGCAAGGUCAAGUACAUACCGAUAGUAGCUAUUAACAAGAAAGAUGGCAGUGGAAAGUUUUACGCAGAUGCAGUUUGCCAAACCCAAGAGUCAUACUUGCAAGAUAGUGUUCCAAAGUCCAAGGAAGAACAGGAUGCCGAUUUGGAAGAAAAGGAUUCAUUGUAUCAACAGAGAUUGUUGGCUCGAUUGGCUAUCCUCUCCAAGAGAUUGGAAACUUGUACGAGCUAUCUGAUCUCUGAAAUUCCUCAUUAUAAGAUUGUUGACCAACUCGUCAAGGAAUUCCAAAGAAAGUCUGAUGUUGAAUAUUUCAACAGUGGUGAAUUCCUUACCGUAGAAGUUGUUGAAGGAGACAAAAGGAAGAAAAAAGAUUUGGCUCUGGAAGCAAAAAACGAAAUCAGAAGCAUAAAAGGAUUGUAUAUGAGUGGAAAGGCUUGA